AUGUCACACAAACAUCAAAGACGUGUAUAUCCACAACAGCAGUACGAGGCCUCGCCUGCCCAGCCUUCGGCUGGUAUGCCAGGGAUGGGAAUGCAAGAUCAGAUGUACAAUGCUGGUGUUCCACAACCACAACAAUUCAAUCAACAAUUUGGUGUUCCAGUACAACAACAGCAGCAACAGCAAUUUAAUCAACAACUUGACCAAACUACUAAUGCUAUGGGAAAUAUGAAUAUGAAUGCUCCAAAUGGUAUGGUUGAUCCAAACGCGAUGUACCAACCACAACAGCAACAACCUCAACAGCAACAACAACAACAACAGGGUUACCCACAACAAGGUUACCCACAGCAAGGUUAUGCACCACAAUAUGGUCAACAAGGUUUUGCACAACCUCAAGAGGGAUUUAAUCCAGAUAAGGUUCCAAGAGAGCACAACGAAUUGUACCCAACAGAUUUAUUAAAUGAUCUUCCACCUCCAAUCGCUGAAUUAUCUUUACCUCCACCUCCUUUACAAAUUCCACCUCAAAAGAUGUUAGUUCCAUCUGAAGAAGCCAAUGCUUCCUCUGAUUUUAUCAGAUGUACUUUGAAUGCUGUACCAAAGAACAACUCCUUAUUGAAGAAAACUAAACUGCCAUUGGGUUUAGUAAUUAGACCUUACCAACAUCUACAUGAUGAUAAUGCUCCUCCACCUUUAGAUGAUAGUAUGUUGAUCGUCAGAUGUCGUCGUUGUCGUAUCUAUAUUAAUCCAUUUGUCACUUUCCUUUCUGGUGGGAAUAAGUGGAGAUGUAACUUUUGUAGACUGGCUAAUGAAGUCCCGGCUAAAAUCGAUAUGGACAAGUUUGAAGCCCAAAUGAACCGUUACGAAAGAUCUGCUUUAAAGUGUGGUGUAAUGGAAUAUCUAGCACCAAAGGAGUAUACCGUUAGACAACCAUCUCCUACUGUUUAUGUUUUCAUAUUAGAUGUUUCUCAAGCAGCUCAAAAGGAAGGUCUAUUAUCUACUGCUGUUAGAACUAUCUUGGAUACUUUAGAUGAAUUACCAAACCAUGAUAAUAGAACUAGAGUCUCCAUUAUGUGUGUCGAUAAUGCUCUACAUUACUUCGCUAUUCCAAGUGAUGACUCCAAUGAAAAUACCCAAAUGUUAGAUGUAUGUGACAUCGAUGAACCAUAUAAUCCAAGACCUGGUAAUUUGGUUGUAUCUUUGACUGCUGCCAGACAAAACAUCGAAAAAUUAUUAGGUCAAAUUCCACAAAUAUUCGAAGGAAAUAUUUUGAGUAAGUUCGCAUUAGGUCCUGCUUUGAAGUCCGCCUUCGAAUUAAUUCGUUCUACUGGUGGUAAAAUUAUUGUUGUAUCAGCUACAUUACCAAACCAUGGUAUUGGUAAAUUAAGCCCAAGAAAUGAAAAGGGUGUUUCAAAUACUCAAAAGGAAACUUCUCAAUUGUUGUCCUGUCAAGAUGGGUUCUAUAAGAAUUUCACUAUUGAUUGUAACAAAGCCCAAAUUGGUAUUGAUUUAUUCUUAGCCUCUUCAGGUUAUGUUGAUUUUGCAUCUCUAUCCAAUUUGGCUCGUUACACUGGUGGUCAGACUCAUAUGUAUCCUGGUUUCAAUGCUGCCAUAAUGGCUGAUGUCACCAAGUUUUCAACAGAAUUCUCUAGACAUUUAUCAAUGGAUACUUCUACUGAAGCUGUCCUAAGAGCUCGUGGUUCUAUCGGUAUUAGAAUGCAAUCAUUCUACGGUCAUUUCUUUAAUAGACAAUCUGACUUAUUGGCUUUGUCAACUUUACCAAGAGAUCAAUCAUAUGUGUUUGAAAUGACAAUGGACGAUAAUUUGGUCAUGCCAUACUGUUAUGUCCAAGUUGCCGCUUUGCUAACUUUGAAUAAUUCUGAACGUAGAAUCAGAGUAAUUACUGUAGCCCUUCCAACAACUGAAAAUAUUAGAGAAGUUUUUGCAUCUGCAGAUCAAUUGGCUAUGACAGAUUUCUACACUCAAAAGGCUGUUUCAAAGGCUAUGAAUAACAGUAUAGAAGAGGCUAGAGAAUUAAUCAAUAAGAGUGUCUUAGACAUUCUUAACGCAUACAAGAAGGAAACUAUUAGCUCGAAUACACCAGGUGGUGUUCCAUUACAAUUGUGCACAAAUUUAAGAAUGUUCCCAUUGUUAAUGAAUUCUUUGAAAAAACAUCAAGCACUAAUGCCAUCUGUUCUUCCUAGUGACCACAGAGCUAAUGCAUUAAACUACUUGGAAUCUGCUCCAUUAAAAUAUCUAAUCAAGGCAAUCUAUCCAACUAUUUACGCUUUACAUGAAAUGGCUGAUGAAGCUGGUCUGCCAGGUGAAGAUGGUUCUAUUGUCCUACCUGAUCCUAUCAAUGACAGCAUGGAAUUCUUCGCUAAAUAUGGUCUUUAUCUGAUAGAUAACGGUACAGAAUUGUUCCUAUGGAUUGGUGGUGAAGCUAUCCCAGAAUUGGUUAAUGAUGUAUUUGGUCAACAAUCUGUUUAUGAAAUUCCUGUUGGUAAGAGUGAAUUGCCAGUUGUAGAAGGUUCUGAAUUUAACGAAAAAGUUAGAAAUAUUAUCAACAAGAUAAGACAAAAUGAUGAGGUCAUUACUUAUCAAGUACUAUAUAUCAUUUACGGACCUGUUCCAAAUGAAAUACAGAAUGCUAAUACCAACAGUUUAAGAUCUUUAAGAAUGUGGGCCCUAAGUAAUUUGGUAGAAGAUAGGAGUCAAAUCGGUGAAGGUUAUCGCGAAUAUUUACAAAACAUGAAAUCAAAGCUGACCAAAUAG